CAUCACCAGUACGAAGGCGAUAGCACUUGCCGAUUUCGCUGACCUGAUGGUAGAGACGGCGAAAGAGUCAACGACAAGCUUGAGAGCUCAGGGCUCAGAAGUCCAACACCUCCUCAAUAGAAUGGGUUAUGGCUUUCUAAACCAAGUCAAUCGCAGCUGUCCUUUCACCAAUCCUCAAUGCAACUCGAGGUCAAAGUACCGAACAAUCGACGGGUCCUGCAACAACUUGGAGAACCCCCUCUGGGGCAGGGCCUCCACACCAUACGAACGGUUUCUUCCUCCAGCAUACGGCGAUGGAGUUAAUUCACCUAGGACCAAGGGUCUGUUCCGUCUACCACUUCCCUCCGCUCGCAAUGUUAGUUUGGAGGUGCAUACGGAUUUGGACGUCAAGUCAAGGAAACUAAGUCACCUUGCAAUGGAAUUUGGACAAUUUGUCAGUCACGAUAUCGUGAGGAACGCUAUUGCCAAAGGGCAUGAUGGUAGAAAUUUAAACUGCUGUCGUUUUAAAUGGAGGAGAAACUGCUUUCCUAUCCCUAUAGCCGAUAAUGACGAAUUCUUCGACAGAAGUUGUAUGAAUUUCGUUCGUUCCUUUCCGACACCACCUCUCGACUGUCGUCUAGGUGUCCGCCAACAACUUAACCAGAACACUCACUUUCUGGACGGAUCUGCCAUAUACGGCUCUGACCAGGAAACACUGGAUCUGGUCCGUAACGAAGAUCUUCCAGCCUUCCUGAAAUCGCAGGGUGACAACGAUCUCCUCCCGUUAGAUCGAGAUGCUAUCUGUGCCCCGGCUUCCAGAGAUAAGUGUUUCCGGGCAGGUGAGAAUCCAUUGCUGUAUCGUCGGUCAUUUAGCGAUGUUCGAGUGAACCAGCAGCCUGCUUUGAUUUCUCUUCAUACUGCAUGGAUGAGACAUCACAACAACGUCGCUAGAGAAAUCAAGAGCUGCAAUCGGGAUAUGAGUGACGAAACCGUCUUCCAGGAAACAAGAAAAAUCGUCAGUGCCCAGCUUCAGCAUAUCACGUACAACGAAUGGCUCCAAGAAAUUUUGGGGGAUGAUGUUAUGAACGAAUUUGAUCUAAAGCCUAAACCAGCUGGUCAGUAUUAUACUGGUUACAACAGAGACGUAAAGCCAAUGCUAAGAAAUGCAUUCUCGGCUGCAGCAUUUAGGUUUGGACACAGUUUGAUAGGGAAUGAUAUCACUGAAAAGAAGUCGUCUGGUAAGGUCCUCCAUCAUAGGUUACACACAACCUUCCUCAAGCCCGAACUCGCCUACAAUGGAGGUGUGAACUCAAUCAUGACAGGAAUGUAUUCUUCACCAGCUAUUAAGGUAGAUAACUACGUCACGCAAGAGGUAACCAGACAUUUGUUUCAGACGGCACCCAAAAAUGGUCUGGAUCUGGCAGCAAUAAAUAUUCAGAGAGGGCGUGACCACGGAUUGUUUGACUAUAACAUUUGGAGAACUGUGUGUGGUUUAGGAUUCGCGCCAGAUUUCGACAGGUUGAAUUACCAUUCACGUAAAAUGAGGACACUUCUCAAGAAAGUGUAUGAUUCAGUGUUUGACAUCGACUUGUUCACGGGGGGUGUAUCCGAGAAAAACACCCCAGGAGGAAACAUUGGAAGAACUUUUGCCUGUCUUAUUGGAAUGCAGUUCCAGGCCCUGAAACAAGGUGAUCGAUUCUUUUAUGAAAGUAAAACAAACGUAAAAUUCCCACUUCGUCUGUUAAACGAGAUAAAGAAGACAACAAUGGCAAACAUCUUGUGUGAAACAACGGGCGUUACAUCCAUCCCGAGGAAUGUUUUCCGGAAACAAUCCGCAAGUAACCGGCCAAUAAAGUGUAGUUCCUUGCCGAGCCUGUCUUUUGGUACACUCGUCGACGGUCAGUGAAGCUCCUGGUCACAGAGUUAUCAUUUACUCCAGGUCGAUCCCAGUGUAACAAGAACAAUAUAAUGUAUAAUCCUACUCCGAAUUCGUCUAAUCAACCUUGUUCUUGACUUCUCAAAAAAUGUAAAUUGUCGGAUCUGAUGACGUAUGGUCGACUUAACCAGAAAUAAGUGUAUUCAAAGGCUGCGAGUUAUAAGCAUUUUCAUUCAGAUCAUUUGUUCAAUAUAAUCUAUGGUUUCCCAAUAUACCAAGGCUAAAUAUCCGCCACAAAGCGGGUUUUUGUUUCUGGCAUCGCAGUGAUAUACUUUCAUAACUAUUUAAAUACACACAUGAUGACAUUAUUUUAUGUAUCGUAGAAUACGAAGUAUAUGGUUGAAGGGUUAAUAGAAAAAAAAUUACACGAGUGUGUCUUUAAAUGAAAAACUAUUGUUCCAUGAUGAUAAAAACCUUCAUCAGAUUCAAACAAAAUUAAUACCAAAAUUCAUCUCAGCUUCCUGUGGAACAAAUCAAAUAAGCGUUGAAUUUUAAUCGUGAUAUCGUAUACGUAGAAGUUGCAGUAUAGAGGCCAAAUGCUAAAUAAACAUAACUGCAAUUCUACCGGGUGCCGAGGUUGCGUUAGUGAUGCCAGAAGCAAAAAUUGAGAAGAUCAAUGAAUCAAAAAGCUUAUUAAGUCAAUGGAAAUGAAAGGAGGAAAAUAUUGUUAAUUUCUAGUCGUAAUUGUUUUCUAGGAAAAAUAAUUCAAGCGAAAAUUCUCACUGUUGAUUUUAUGCUGCGUGCUGUCUGAUUCACCUGUUUAGAUUAUUAUAUACUGCACGGAUGAUAAUUGAUAUCACAGCGGCUACAUGCAUGUACAUAAAUGAUGUUUAAGGACUAGUAAUUUAGUAUACUUACGGUAUACAGGGUAUAUUUGUUAGCAGUUGAAAGAGAGAAUAAUGGAAUUUACAAAACGUGAUGCUAACCUGAAUCAAAGAGUUGUUUCCCUAUUGCUCGACUCAAAUUAGUGUUUCCCUUUAAUUAGCUUACUAUGAACGUGCAUAUUUUAAUGUACUCAUAUUCACGCGUAUCAUUAAUUCUUAGCUUAUUGGCGCAUUUAUGAUUUGAAGGAUCAAGAAAAUAUGUAAUUAUGCAGCAGUUGGUGCAUGGGGAAAGAAAAACAACUAAUUUUAGAAUCAGAUCGACAGUUAAGUCUGAGUAUGAUGGCAGAUGUCUUGAAUAGUAAUUCUUCAAAAAGUGAGAUUCAAGGAAAUUUAGUUGGACAAAUGGACAAUUUAAUGAUGCUAGAUUGUCAUGUUAAAUCAAUGUUAUCUCACCUCUUUUUAAUGAAAGUAUAUGACCUGUAGUUAGACGGGGAAAUGGACUCAUUCUGCUUUAUUGUUAAUUGCUUGUGUUAGAUUAAUGUCUAACAAUACAAAAUAGUGAUUUCGAUAAAGCCUAAUGUUCAUCACCAUCGUUCAGUCCACGAGUCACGUUUAACAAGGCAUUUGUCAUAAUAGUUAAUAGACACAUGAUUGAGCAACGUGACAUAAAAAUUCAAUAGAAUGCAAAGGUUCUGCCAUGAUCCAUAUAGAUAACAUUCGAUACAUAUAUAUGUUUAUAUCGUUGCUGCUCUACUAUAUUCCUGUGAGUCACAGGUUUUAUACUAGUGUGAGGUUCUUAUUUUCAUUUAUUUGGAUUUUUCUGUUUCCUAUUUUUAAGGUGAGUAAAAAGUAAGAGGUUAAUUGUAGAUGGUCAGUUAAGUGGUAAUAUGGAAGUGGCCUCUAAUCGGCCUUGACGACUGUCGAGAUCAGAGAUAAGGUUUUAAGUAGUAAUUGAUAGAGUUAAAACCAGUGGAGGUUGUUUAGAGUCAUGGUGUAAUUAUUAGGUCUUAAGUAUGUUAGAUGUGAAUAGUUGUCAGUCCCUUCUGGGGAUGAUAUAUUGUAUCUUGGUGGUCAUUCUCAGAGGCUGGUGUAUAUAUGUUAUCAGAGGCUGGGUUAGGUCCAUAUGGGUGGUUUAUAAAUAGACAUGUGGUCAGUCUCCAGAACUGGUAUAUGCAUAGCCGCCUGGUCAGUCUGGUCAGUCUGGGAGACUGGUUUAUAAAUAGGUAUGCGAUCAUCCAGGGGGCUGCAUUGAAAUAGAUUCUCAACUCUGGUAUAAAUAGGUAUGUGGUCAAUGGGUAGACUGCCUUAAAAUAGCUUCCCAAGCUUUGGUAUACAUAGGUAUGUGGUCAUUGGAUGGGCUUCCUUAAAAGGCUGCGGUAUAAAUAGGUAUGAGGUUAUGAUCUGUUUAUAGUUGGUUCCUAGAUGAUUUAUAUAUAGAACUUGACCAUGAUGUCAUUCUAUGAUUAGACUGUGUCAGUGGUUAAAUUUAGCAUCUAUAGUGUAGGUAGUUGGGUUUAGUAAGUGAUGUCACUGGUCAAGAAUAGUUUGCUGGCCAUAUAUAAAGGCGCAUUAACUUAGAAUAGGGACUGCUUGUUGAGAUCGAGUUGUUCGAAGAGUUUUCAGAGUGAGUCUUUGGAAUAUGGAGUUAGUUUUAGAGAGUGUUUAGGGUUAGUGUUUGGAGUUAUCUUAUUAACAGAGAGACUUUGGGUUUUAUUAUCUUAGUUUAGAUAGAGAAUAUAGAAAUGUGUAGAGUAGUUUAGUUUAUGGUUUUGAGUUGUAGUUUAGUUAAGUCAUAAGGAAUAGCAAGAAACUUGUAUUGUGCAGUUAUUUUCUUCAAGUUGGUUACUUCUAAAAAGAAUUGGAGUGAAUUGUAUUGGAUACUGCUGGAAUUGAUCUGACUUUAGUCAUUUCUUAUUUACUUUGUGAAUUAUUUGUGAAUUUAUAUGUUCUACUCCUGGAGUAUAUAUUGGAUUGGAAUUUGAUAUAUCUUGAUUGGCAAGUACUUUGAAUGAAAGUCAUAUCUUAAUAAAACUGAAGGAAUUUUAUAUAC